CGAAAAGUGACAUAUGUUAUCUGCAUCUGACGUGGAAAUCGAAUAUGUUAUAGAAAUAAAACCUUGUUUAUUUAGAGCAAAUAAUAAAUUUUUCCAUGUUGUGAUUAAAAACAAUUUAUUUUCAAGAUGUCAGGAUCAUUAAAUAGAGGCCCAGGGCCUCCAUUUACUUCUGAAGAUGAGUUUCUUGAAAACUUUGAGCAAACCCUGUCAGUGCAACAGAAACACAUGUCUGAGCUUAAAGAGCAAUUGCUUCAAUUUGAAGCGGAUAAAAAGGAAAAGGCUGCUUCAGUCAAACUAAAAGCAGAUGAAUGUUACCAGAAGUUAAUGAGCCUGAAAAGCGGAGCAAAUAAAUCAAAAAGCAAAGUUCUGAAUGAAAAUGUUGACUCAAAGCUUUUAGAAGAAUCAGUUUCAGAGAAAACUUCAAAAGUGGCUGCAGAAGGUAUAGCCAAAGAGAAAACUUGUGAUAAACCUUCUACACCUAUCUUACCACCUAGUCAAAAAAUGAUGCUAUUAAAACAACAAACCGAAGAAAAUAAAAGGAAGAUGGCAGAGAGAAUAAAUAACCAAAAAGGAAUUGCAUUGAAAGUUAAUAAAUUAUUAGAGCAAUUUGAUAAUAUGCAGCCUGUCUUCAAUCCUGUUGUGGGAAUGAGUUCAGAGUUAGCUGAUUGCUCUGAUGUAGAUUUGUUAAGAAAUAAAAUCCAAAGUUUAGAAAGAACUAUUUCACAAUUAAACACGCAAUUGCAAGAAUCUAGACAAAAAGAGAAUAUAAAUAGUUUAUUAAAAAGCAAUAUGUCAUACACAGAAUUACAAAAUGAAUUGAAUUUAGAUGAUAAAAGUAUGCUUGAACAUAUGAAUACUCUUUUAGUAGAAAAGGAUAACGAAAAACAAGAUUUAAUGAACCAAGUAUUUGAUUUACAAGAAAAUUUGAAAGAAAAAGAUUCUGUCAUUGAUUCAAAAACAAAAGCAAUUACUUUGAUGUCGGAAGACUUGUCAAAAAAAGGAAAAAAUACUGUUGAUUUACUAGAAGAAACAAAAUUGGAAAUGGUUCGCAUGCAACAUAAUUUUGUACAAAUUGAGGCCAAUUUACAAGAAGAAGUAAAUAGUUUAAAAUCGGAUUUAAGUGAAAAAAAUACAAAAAUUGAAGAAUUAUUGAUGCAAAAUGAGCAAUUAGAAAAAGAUAAUCAUUUGUUACAAAACCUAUAUAAUUAUAAUGAAGGUGAAUCAAAUGUCGAUAAAAAUGAAAUCGAGAAACUUAAAUUUGAAAUUGAGGUAAAGGAUAAAAAUAUAGAAGAUCUUUCUGAGAGGAACAAACGUCUCGAAGAACAAUUUAGCAUUUUGGAGAGAAAAUUACAUGAUUACAAAAAUCAAAUUCAACAAAUGAAAAUUCAAAUGAAAAAAUUAUUGAAUUAGAAAGAGCUCGAAUUGAAAAAUAAACAAAUUGAAAAUCUUAUAGAAUGCAAUGAUAGGCUUGAUAUUGAUUACAAAAAUCUUCAGGAAAAGUUCAAUGAAUAUAUAAAAUCUCCUUCUGAAUAUCAUGAGAAAGAAAUUACUCAACUUAAAGAUGAAAAUAAAAACUUAUCUGAAAUAAAUUUGCAGCAAGAAAAGAAAAUCAAUGAAUUAAGUGCUGACAUUCAGUUGAUGAUUAUACAGGGAUCGCAACAAAGCUCUAAAUCCCCCAAAAAAGGUAACAAGAAAUUUAAAAAAGGCCAGUCAAAUGUAACUGUUGACAAUGAACAGAUUUCUGAGAUGCAAAAUCGUGUUCAACUAUUAGAAAAUGAAUUAUCAGAAUAUCGAGCAUAUAUCUCUAUUAAGGAUGAUGAAAAUAAUAAAUUAAGAGAAGAAAUUAAGGAAAUAAAGACUCAUUUGGAGACUAAAUGCCAAGAAAUAAUAUUAUUACAAGAAACUAUCACAAAAUUGGAGGAGACAAAAGAUCAGCAUAAUAAGAAUGAAGAUAUAUUGAAAUUACAACAGCUAUUAGAUGAUACUACAGCUAACAGUAAAAAACAAAUCAAGUAUCUUCAAAAACAGGUGGAUUCAUUUGGAAAGAUUUCUGAUGCCCAUCAAACUGUAGUUAAUCUAAACCAAAAAGUAUUUGAACUCAAUAACAGGGUUGCAGAAUUAGAAGAAGAAAAAGGAAAUUUACAGUUACAUCUUGUGGAUUACGAUACUAACCAGGUUCCUGACACAGAGAUGAGCAGCAAACUAGUGGAAUUAAAAUCCUUAUGUCAGGCACAAAUAAAUUCAAUAGCACUACUAGAAUCCCAAAAAUUCGAUUUAGUACAAGAUUUGCAUAUAGCUCGCCAACAAAUAUCUUCAUUGGAAGACGAACUAGCUGACUUAACUCAAACAGAAGAAAAUGUUGUCAGUUCUGAAAUAAACAAUAUACAACUUGAGGAGAAAUUGGAUAGUUUGUCUAAAGUUAAUGAAGAGUUGUCUCAAAAUUGUGAUGAAUUAAGAAAAGAUAAAAUUUCUUUAGAAGCCAAUGUUAUAGAAUUAACUAAGAUACAAGUGGAUCUCACAGAAAAAUUAAAUGCUUGCAUAUGUGAAAAUGAAGAAAUGGUAAAAAAAAUUGAUAGAAUUGAACGUCUAAAUGCUGAGAAAGUAUCGUCUGCUGAAUCAAUUGAAAUUGUUGAAAAUUUAACUCAUAAAGAAAAAUUGGAGAUCGAGAACUAUGAAAAAGGUUUAUCGAUUUCGGAAGAUGAACCACAAGAAAUUCAGGAGCAAGAGGAGGAUGUGAUUAUUUCCAAAGAUGUUGUAUAUGAUGAGGAUGAUAUAGAUUUAAAUAUAAGUGUAGCUAAAUUAACAGAAGAAAGUUCAGAUUUGAUGGAGAAAAUAGCACUCUUUACGCAGGAGCGUAAAGAAGUUAUGGGAAGAUUGGAGUUGUUGACUCUUGAAAACCAAAAUUUGGUUGACCGUAUAUCACAUCUAGAAAGUACAUCAGAUUGUAAGCUAGAAGAACAUGAAAGUUUGAUGAAAGAUAAUGAAAAAUUGAAAGUACUAAAUGAAGAAGUAAUAAAAGAGAAAGCAGAGUUAUUGGAAAAAUUAAACCAAUUAACAGUUGAUAGAAAUAUUUUGCAGCAUGACAUGAAUACCUUAUUAAAUGAAAUUGAAGUUUUGAAAGAACAUGGUAAUAAUACUGAAGUUUCUAGUAUUCAAACUUGUUACGAAGCACUACUCGAAGAACACAAGAACUCCAAAGAAGUUAAUGAGAUGCUAAAUCAAAAAAUUUCUGAAUUAGGUGAAUCAUUUAGUGACAUUAAAAAGAAUUUACAAAUUACACAAGAAGAAUAUGAAUUACAUAAGCAAACAACUUUCAAAAGAGAUUGUGAAAUUAAAGAUGUUAUCUACAAAAUGGAAAAGGAACAAGAAAAAUAUCAACAAACUAUUGAAGAUCUGAAUAAGUCUAAUUUGGAACUUAUGGAAAAACUAAGUACUAUGCAAAAUCAAGCAGAUGAAGAUCUCACAAACAAUAUGCUCAUGUAUAAAAGUCAAGUCGAUGGCUUGAAUCAAGAAAUACAAAGGCUAUCCAAUUUAGUGAAAUCUUCAGAAGAAUCUGAUAAAUUAUAUAAAGAAUUCAGUGAUCUUAAAAUCAAAUUUGAAGAAACUGAGCGGGAAUGUUUGAACUAUAAGCAGGAAAUUUUAAAUAAAGAUUUGACUAUUAAUGCUUUGAAUGAUCAGAUAAUGGAAUUGUAUAAGCAAAUCGAACAUUUGACAAACGAAAAUAAGGAUAUGGAAAAUGAGAUUAACGGAUUAAUGGAUGAAGCUGCAAGAAACAAUGUUAAAAUCAAUCAAUUAUUUAUAGAUAUCAAGAAUAAAGAUACUGAAAUUGAGAAAUUACUUGAUGAUUUGAAAUCAAAACAAAAUGAAGUAAUGCAAGUGCAGGACAAUAUAAAACAAUUGCAAUCUUUGCAAUCUCUAGAUGAUGAUAAAAUUGCAGAUUUAGAAGAAGUCAACAAGAAAUUAGAAGCCAAAAAUAAAGAGAAUAUUGAAAAGAUGAAAAAAUUGGCUGCAAAUCUAAAGAAAAAGUCUGCUUUGUGCGUCGAAUAUGAAACAAAACUCAAUGAAACAGAAAAAGCUAUGGAAGAAAUAAAACAACAAGAUGAUAAUAAAUCAAAAGAAUAUGAAAUAAAUGCAAAAACAAUGGAAAUUCAGGAAUUAAAUAAAAAAGUGCAGGAUCUCUUGCAAGCAAAUGACGAGUUAAAAAAGAAAGAAUCAGAAAAAUCCGAAAUUUUGAACAGAAUUAAACGCUUGGAGCAAGCUAUUCAAGAGAAAGAAAGCCAAAAUAGUGAAUUGUUAGAUAGAAUAAAUGAGCACAAAUUUAAUUAUGAGACCUCUUGAAGCAUAAAAGCAAAAUUAAAUGAGAAGGAAGUAUAUAUAGAAUCACUGGAAAUAGAGAAUAAUAGUAAUAAAGAAAAAGUAUCUAAACUCAUUGAUGGUUUGGCCAGUAUCGAAGAAAGAAGACGAAUGCUUGAGGAGCGUGCGGAAGUUUUAGACGCCAAAUUAAAUGAAAAAAGUGCAGUAUGUUCGGAGUUUGCAAGCAAUGAGGAUCUACUCAUAAAACGAAUGAAAGCAUUGGUUGAUGAAGAUGCGGUUUUAGAGAAAAAACUGCAAGAUCUUAAUGAACAAAAUGAACAGUUGAAUAUAAACAUACAAGAUCUAACUAAACAAAAUCAUGAUUUAAUAUCCCAAUUAAAUAAACAUGAAUAUAGCCUACAAGAAUAUAAAAAUGUUGAGAAAAGCUUAAGAAAUAUUGAAAAUGAGAAUAUGAAUUUACAGUCACAGAACAAGCAGCUUCAAUCUGACUUGCGGCAUUUAAAUGACAAUAUAAGAGAAAAGGAAGAACAGCAUCAAAAACAAUUAGAUGAAAUGGAAAAUGAUUUUAGUUCUCAAUUACAAAUAUUACAUAAUGAAAGGAGAGCUUCAGCAGAAGAAUUAGAAAAGCUUCGUGAUUGCAAUGAUAGUUUGCAAGAUGAGAUUGUAAAAUUAAAAGAUAGUUUACAUCAGUUGGAACAAAACAAGGCAGACUUAGAGCGAGAUAUAACCUGGAUAAAAUUGCAAAAUGAUAGUAUGUUAUCAGUGGCAGAAGAAGCUGAAGGUUUAACAAAGAAUAUUGAUGAGAAAGCACACGAAAUUGAAGAUUUGCGCGAGAAGCUGUCUAAAGCUGAACUAAUGCUUUCUACAAAUACCAAUAUAGACAAACCUUUACUAGAAAGACUGCAGGAAGAAAUCAAUCAGCUUAGAGAUAAAAUCCAUCAUAAAGACAAAGAAAUUGAAUCUUAUCAAAGGCAAAAUAUGCAAUUACAAAUGGCUGCAAGUUUUGGAGUUGCUGACGAAGUUCCAUUUUACCAAAGUUCUUUUAAUCAGGAUGAUAUUAAAAUAGCAUUAGAAGAAAAGGAUAAUACCAUUAAACAUUUACAGGAAACAAUAAAAUCAUUGGAACAAAAUAUUUCUCAAAAAUCUGAUGUUGAAGUGAAACAAAAUGAGCAACUUCAGCAAAGCAAUAAUGAAGUGCCUUUCUUCCAAACGUUUUUCGGCCAAACCUCAUCUAAUCAAAUUGAAGACUUUAUAAUUUCAGAACAAUCAACAAAGAAUACUGAAUUAAACACUGUAGUAAAAGAAGAUGAACUGAGAAGUGUGCGCGCUCAUGAAAAUACUUUGUUCUCACAAAAUUAUUUCAAUCAAGAUCAAUGUCAUCAAAGCACACAAGUAAAUCAAGAAACUGAUAAAGAAUGCAUGGAAGAAAAAGUGAAACAUUUGGAGAUUAUUUUGGCUGUAAAGACAGAACACAUUGACGAAUUGCAGAAAUUGAUCAUUAAAAAAGAAAAUGAAGUUACAGCUUUGCAAAAUGGUGCAUCUUCAUUAGCAUCAAGAAUGGAGGAGAUGAUUGCUGCUUAUCAAUACUUACAAAAUGAAUUUGAGAAGAAGCAAAAAGAAGUUAAUGAACUAAUUCAACCCAAAAGUAUUUCUGCAGAUUUGCAAAAACCAAUAGAUAAUUUGGAGGUGUUGAAUUUACAAAAACGCAUUGAGGAAUUGGAGCAAAUGCUAGAAAAAGCAAAAAGGGAAAAGGAAGAAGCUAUUUUUAAAAUUCAACAAUUAAUCUUUGACAUGGAAAAUUUGAAACAGCAAAAUGUCCAAUUUGAUAUUGAACAAAAGGGUAGUAUUCCAGAACUCGUUAAUGUCUACAAAGAUGUUGUAAAUGUUAGUCUCCCUACUUAUACUGAGACUGGUAAAACAGAAGUCGUUGAGGAUGUCAUAGUUGCAAAGAAGACGUAUGUAUGCCAUGAUGAUGAACCACAAGAAGAAAGUGGUUGGGCAUUUGAUAUUGAGGAUCCAUUUUUGGAAGAAAAUCAACAAACUUCUUUUACGCUUCCAGUACCAAAUUUAAGUAUUAAGAUUGAAACAUUACAAAACCAAGUGAAGGUGCUUGAAGAUGAAAAUGUUAAGGUCAAUGAAGAAUUGAAACAAUGUCAAACUAAGUUGACAAAAUCGAUCAUGAAACUCAAAGAAUACAAGAAUAAGAAUAUUGCUUUGCAAGAUCAGGUAAAAGCUCUGCGUACUUCCUCAGAUGGGUUAGAUUCAGCCAUAGAAGAAGUGCUCACAUUAAGAAUUGAGGAGCUGGAAAAUGAAUUGAAAAACAUCAAAAUUGAAUCUGAGAAAAAUUUGGCUGAUAAAAAUAAUUUGAACAAGCGUUUUGAUGCUUUAGUUGCUGCCAAUGAAAAAAUAAUUGAAUCCAAAAAGCAGCAAGAUUUAGAAUUGGAACGACUUAAUAUGCUGGUUAGGCAAUUGCAAUUGCAACCAAAGCAUGAAGAUCCUGCAACUUGCAUCACAAAAUCUGAAAGUAAGAAAAUAAAGCAUUCAAAUGAUUUUACGAAUAACACCGAAAUAGAAAAACUUCAGAAAGUCAUUCAAGAGAUUUCUAUCGAUAAUGAGGAACUGCAAGCGUUGCUGGAUGAACAAAAGAGUUCUUACGAGGAAAGGGAAAAGAAGUUAUCUAAGGCCAAUUUAGAUUUGAGUUUUCAAGUAGACGAAUUAACUAAAAAGAUUCAAGAUGUGAGAGAAUUUGCAAGAGCCUCCCAAAGUGAAGAGUUAGAUUCAUUACAAAAAAAUUUACAAACUUAUCAAAAUAUAAUAUUAGACAUUAUAAGGACUUAUGAAUUAGACUCGAAUGCAUCAGAACAUAUAAAUGUAAACGAUUCUGUAAACACGUUUAUUAAAUACUUGGCAAUUAUAGAAAAAUACGUCAAGUCUUUAAAACAAAAUAAUGAUGAACAUGUCAAAACAAUUUUGGAAAAUAAGGAUCUAAUAAAUAAUUUAAACCAACAAAUAUUAGAUAAAAGUCGCGAAAUUGAUAAUUUGCAAAAAGAAAUUCUAAAUAUUAAUAAUUCUCGCAUAACGUCGCAUCAAGAUGAAACUGAUAAAGCAAUUAAGCAACAAACAAUGCAGAUAGAAAAAUUGCAGACUGAACAUGAAAAUGAAAAUUAUCAACUUCAGAUAAACGAAAUGCAGUCUAUUAUUGCUAUGGAUAAAAGUACUAUUGCUGAAUUAAAUAGACAAUUACUUGAAAAAUCAGAGUAUGUUAAUGCAAUACAAGCUCAAUAUGAAAACAUUGCGAGCGCUAAUGCAGAUGUUCAAAAUUUGCAUAAAUAUAUAAAUGAAUUACAAAGUCUUAUCGAUUGCGAUAAGAAUACAAUUAGCAGCUUGCAAUCAGAGUUGUUUGAAAAAGCACAGAAAAUAGAACAUUUGGAAAAUAUUGACAAAGAAUUAAGUAUGAUUAAGAAACAUAAUCAAGAUUUAAAACAAGAAAUUGAAGGUCAUCUUAAAACCAUAAGCGAUUUACAGAAUACAUUAUCAGCAUCAACCACCAUUCAAGCUGAUAACGAAUUUUUCAAAACUUGCAACAACGAAGUGCUAAAUUUGCAGCAAGAAAAUUUGAACCUAAAACAGAUUAUAGAACAAAAUAAAACCAGUGAAAGCAGAUUGAAAAGAGAUAUUGACGAAUUCAAUAAAAUGAUUCAAAAUCAACAAAGCACUAUAAUAAAUCUUGAAGCUAGUCUUUCAGAAAAGUCCAAAUAUAUAGAACAGUUGCAAAACGAGAAUAGUACAUCAGCCAAUGAGUGUGGCAGCCUACAACAAAAUAUUGAUGAAUUAAAUACAGCUUUGGAACAAAGUAGAAGUCAAAUCGAAAAUAUGAAGUUGCAAUUGGUAGAGAAAACGCAAAAAAUAGAAUUACUAGAAGAUGGUAAACGUGAAGGAAACAAAGAAUUCAAAUCAAGAAAUCAAGAACUGGAAGACAAACUUCGAGCGUGCAAUGAACAAUGGUCUCAAGUUGUAGAACAACGAUGCCGAGAAAUUGCUGACAGUUGGAAAAUACAUUUGGUGGACAUUGAGUCACAGUUUGCUGAAAAAGAAAUUGCUUUAUCUUCUCAGAUAGCAGGACUACAGCAACAGAUUCAUAAUUCCAAUGUUGAACUUGAAAAGUUUUAUUCUUCGCCAAAACUUGACGAUGAAGUAGUUUUACUGCGCGUUGCAAUUGAAGAUAAACAAAGUCAUGUAGAAGCAUUGACCAAAGAAACAGAGGACAUGCGAUUUAGAUUAAAUGCAUUAGAAGAAGAUAAUAAAAAUAAAGAUGAGAAAAUAAAACUUCUGGAAAAAGAGCACUCUGAGGCUCAAUCAAAAUCCAUUGAAAAUGCUAAUGAAGAAAUAAGGAAACUAAAUGAUAUUCUAAAUAAACAGAGACAGGAUUACAUUAAUUUGGAAUCUAAAUUUGACGAGCUUAGUCGAACAUAUGAAGAUUUCAAACACCAAAGUGAAAUUGAUAUAUCUUCAAAAAAUAUUAAUAUAGAAGGUUUGACAAAAACAUUGGCCGAAAAAAGCAGUGAGUUAGACAUUGUUUCAAAGGAAAUUCAAGACUUGGCUUUAACUUUAGAAGAAGAAAGAAAACAAAUGGAUUCAAUGCGAAGUGCUCUAGAAUCGCAGGAACUGGAACUGGUAACUUUGAAAGAGCAACUAGGUUUGAAUGCCGACAAAAUCGUAUCACCACUAGAAGCUGCUGCAGUCAAGAAGUUACCAAAUCAACCAAGUACAUCAUCUGUUUCAAAUCCUACAUCUGCAAAUCAAUCAGAACUUGAUCUUGCAAUGUACAUGCUCCAUCAAAGAGAUAUGCGCUGUGAGGAAUUGACUAUGGAAGUUAUGUCACUAUUACAAGAAAGGGAUACUCUUCAAUUAAGGCUCUCGAACGCUUUACGACUGAACGAAUCGAUUAGAGAUGAUGUACUGACUGAAAACAUUAGCCCUUCAAACAAAGAAACAUCCACCACUGAUGGUCCAACUGCCUCUAACGAAGCAGAUCAGAAAGUCAAAAAAGGAGCCACAGUGAAGAAAACUAAAGAUUUUGAAAUGUUGAAAAAUAAAUUAUCUGAAUUGCAUGCCUUAGAUCAUUCCCGAGAUUUAAGGAUAUUUGAUGACAGGAAAUUUAGACAGGAACAACAAAUGGCCUUAGUUGAGAGGGAUUUUGAUAAACUUCCACAAGAAGCCAAACAACAAUUGAUUGAUGCUGAUUACACAUUAUCUCGUGAUUAUCAAGGCCCAUCAACCUCGCUAUUGAACUGGUUGUGGGGAAAAGGUACAAAAAAAGUUGAUCAUUUAUAGCAGAAAAGAUAUAUAUUAGUGUGUAAGUCCAGAGUAAUUUUAAAUACUUAAAGU